UUUCAGGUCGUUUCUAAUAAUUUUUAUUAUCCAAGUAUGUAUAUGUUUGUGUACGGAAAUUUGCACCUAGUUGGAAUUUUACUGCAAGAAUUAGGAAUCAAUGGUUAAUUGUCUACUCAUUGCGGUAAUUGAUGGAUAUUUCUGAGCCACAGUCGGUAUCGUUGGACGUUGAGCUCGAUAGUGACAUAUAUCCAUCUCCUGCUGUUAUUUUAAAUCAGGAUGAAGGAAAGGAAUCGAUUUCUUUGUUCUCAUUCAACAAUCCUCCUCCGUGUGCAUGGGAUUUAGUCCCGGAAAUUCCUGAAAAUAUCUCUGUUACUGAUUUACCAAUGCGUGGAUUACAGGAAGUAGAACUUUGUCUUAAUCCUCCUUCACUUGGCUCUAUGCUGAAUUGGGAAUACGUUGCCGCCGAAUUUGGUUUUUCGAAUAACAAAAUUAUGCACUUGCGAACAUCUGCAAACCCAACCGCGGAUGUGCUACGAGAAAUUGCUCAUCGUCCUUUAAAAAACUUGCUUAACGUAUUGGCAAAAAUCAAUCGGGUCGAUGCACUUUUAUCACUCCAACCUUAUCUUGAGAGUACAAUAAGAACCGCUGAUAACACGGAAAUAUCGAGCUCUGAUUCAGUUAUUUUGGUGACGCACCAUGAGCUUGUCACAAGUGUCGCGUUGCGCAAAAAUUAUAAAUGGUUCCUGAAAAACUUAAGGAAGCAAGCGAGGCAAAUCAGCAUGUCAGCAUUUGAUAUUGACGACUAUUUGGAAACAACCUGCCAGUUUGAAGGCUUACAUACUUUAUUUGCUAGCGCAUCCAAUAUUGUUUGUGUUUUCACGGAUGAUUAUAUGGGAAUGCUAAAAUCAAAUGGAAAUGAACAAGCAGUGACCGUGAAGCAAUAUUUGCAUAAACUUAUGAACAGUGAAUUCAUGGAGCAGGGAAGUAACCAACGGUUUUGUGCUGUAGUUUUUCAGGGAACAGGACGUGAUGUACUUCCUCUUGGCUGGGCCAAAGAGUACACUGGUAUACGAAUUCCCUGCAAAAUCAUCUGCAACUGUUCCGGAAAAUUGUUUGCGAAGGAUUGAAUUCAACCAAAUGCAAUGUUUUCACUAGAAUUUGAGUUAAAGGAUGAAUUUUACUUUGUAUCUUUCAUGAAUAUUACGAACGCGCGAACACAU